AUGACUGUAAUCACCAUUGAUGUUGUGUCCGAUUUCAUCUGCGCCUGGUGCUUCAUUGGCAAACGACAGCUUGACCAAGCUGUUCGCCUAUAUCAGAAGACCUACCCUGGGGGACGAAAUGACGAGUUCAGAAUAACAUGGAGACCAUUUUAUCUUGGCUACAGUGACUCUGCUACCAGCAUUCAUAAACUUGAACUCGCAGAUACAAAGCUGGCUCACAUGACGCCCGAGCAGCGUGAGAUGUUGGGCCGCCGAAUGGAAAGAAUAGGUUCCUCUGUGGGCAUAAACUUCAAGUGGGGAGGCAAAGUGGGAAGAACAUAUGACGCCCAUAAACUGGUAUACAUGAGUCGGUCCAUGUCUACUGACGCGCAGAAUGAGCUUGUUGAGAAGUUAUUCCGAGCGUAUCACGAGAACGAACAGGACAUUUCGUGCAAAGAUCACCUCCGUACCUUUGCAGCUAGCGUUGGACUGGCCGAGGAUCAAGUGAAUGAGUGUUUUGAGAGCCCAACCAUAGAAGAGUCGCUAAAAGAAGAGGCGGAGCUAUAUCGUGCUCAAACAGAAGGUUGUGGUGUUCCUACAUUUCUCAUUCAAGGCGAGUACAAGCUUAGCGGAGCACAAGAUGUCCAAGACUUUAUGGAUCUAUUUGUGCAGGUAAAAGAGAAUCAUGCUUAA